AUGGCACAAGAUGCAGCAGGCGGCGGCUCGCACGGGGCCGCUGGGGGUAGCGGCGGACCAUAUCCGGCCGCUCUGGAGAUCAGGUUGGCAGCCAGGAGGCUCGUCAACUUUGAGGUAGCCACCAUAUACGCCACCUUCCUGGCGUCACUCAUGGGCAUAUUCAUCAUCACGCACCUCGCCGGACGUGUAAUUGUGAGGAUCCAGCAAUCAAAGUCGAUGCCGUCGUUUCCACGAUUCAUCUCCCGGCCAUUUACCGUCGUGUCCAGGACGUUUAGAAACAUUGCCCUGCGCAAAAUACCACUCUUCUACUCGGGUGGGCAUGGGCUACUGGUCGCCAUAUACUUGGUUAUGAAUGUGGCCAUGUGCAUCAUCAAGGUCGACUUUAGCAGCUAUAGCAACGUCGCCGCCAGGCUAGGCUGGCUGACGACAUGCAAUCUUGCUCUGGUCGUAUUCCUCGCCCUCAAAAACACGCCGCUGGCGUUCCUGACGGCCUACUCGCACGAAAGGCUCAACAACCUACACCAGAUGGCCGGCUGCGUCACCUUUCUGAUGGUGGUCCUGCACUCCAUGCUGUACACGCUGGUGUUUACAAAGUCCAACAGGUUCGAGAAGCUCAGGGAGCCCGAGCAGAUUGCGGGCAUCGUGGCUAGCUUUGCCUUUUUGGUUCUUGUUGGUAGCGCUAUUACUAUGCGACGAUUCUGCUACGAGCUCUUUUACGCAACGCACAUAAUCUCAUUCAUGGUGGCUAUUGUCGCGUUCGCGCUGCACCGACCCCAGUUCAAAGACGUGAUACUGUACAUCAUCCUCGUCAUCGUCGGCGCGUGGGCCGUCGACCGCCUGAUCCGGCUCGGGCGCAUGAUGGCCAACAGCGUCAACCAGUCGGCGACGGUCCACCCGCUGCCCGACGGCGGCACGCGCAUCGUGCUGUCCAAGCGGCCGCUGGGCAGCCAGGCCGGCAAGCACUGCUUCCUGUGGAUCCCGGGGAUCCGCGCCCUCGAGGCUCACCCCUUCACCAUGAUCAGCUCGGACCCGGUCGAGUUCGUGGCAAAGUCGUACGACGGCUUCACGCGCGACCUGCACAGGUACGCCGUCGCGAACCCGGGCGGCAGGCUGUGGGCCUCGGUCGACGGGCCCUACGGCACCUUUUCCGACCCGAUGCGCUUCGACAAGAUCGUCCUCAUCGCGGGCGGGAGCGGCGCCUCGUUCGUCUUUGGCCUCGCUACGAACCUGCUCGAGCGCAUGGGUCCCGACUCGACCAGGAGUAUCGAGCUCAUCUGGGCCGUCAAGACGCAUGAGAACCUACUGUGGUACGCAGAGCAUCUGAGGACGCUUUACGAUCACGUAAACUCGCCAAAAUGCAAAGUCUCUCUCUACGUCUCCCGCAUGCCCUCGUCUGCGAGCUCUUCGCACAUUGAGUUCUCGGCCCGCGCCCAGAUCGCAAUCGACGGCCAGAAAGUCGACGCGGGCCCCGCCUCCCCGGAUCUGGAAAAGGUGCUAGAGGGCGAGAAGCCAGCAGCAGCAGCAGCAGCAGAAGCAAAGCAGGCCGCCGCCGCCGACGCCAGCGACGAAAAGAAGGACAACAUUCAAGAAUUCCAUUCCGCAGCGCCGGGCGACAUGGAGACGUCGGACGAGGACAGGAACAGCAGCAGCCACGACAACAGCACCAUCAUCCUCCAGCAAGAAAAACAACAGCGGCAAUCCGCCACUUCCGCGACAAAACAGCAGCAGCAGCAGCAGCAGCAUGGCAGCUACGACGCCGAGGCGCGCUACUGCACCUCGUCGGCGUCGUCGACGGCUCCCCUCCGCCACACCGUCACGCCCGGCCGCCCUCCCGCAGAGGUCCUGAUCCGCAGCGCGGUCGAGGCCACGCCCGCGGACCAGCGCGUGCUCGUCGUCGCGUGCGGGCCCGACUCGCUCAUGCGCGCCGCCCGGGACACGGCCGCCAGCUGCAUCAGGCUAGAUGGGCCUGAGGUGGAGCUUCAUUGUGAGCAGUUUGGGUGGUGA